AUGACAGUGUCCAGGGAGCCCCCCGCCCGCCGGGUGACAGUGUCCGGGGAGCCCCCCGCCCGCCGGGUGACAGUGUCCGGGGAGCCCCCCGCCCGCCGGGUGACAGUGUCCGGGGAGCCCCCCGCCCGCCGGGUGACAGUGUCCAGGGAGCCCCCAGCCCGCCGGGUGACAGUGUCCAGGGAGCCCCCCGCCCGCCGGGUGACAGUGUCCGGGGAACCCCCCGCCCGCCGGGUGACAGUGUCCGGGGAGCCCUCCCGUGUCACGUGUCCCCAGCUCCCGGCCUCCCGGCUUCCGGGCGGCGGGCGGUACUUUUCCACAGUCGCUGGUGCCCGCGGUGACGGCGCAGCCCGUCCGCUCCCGGGGCGCCCCAACACCCUCGGCCCCGGGUCCGAGCCCCCGGCGUCGGCCCGCGGGAAUGUCACCUUCAGGAAGAGCGGACCGGCACGGCGCCCCGGGUUUGGGGGGCAGGGGGCGCACCCCGCCCGCGUGCAGGCCCCGCCGCCCGGUCACCUCCUCCGGCGGCCGGCAGGGCGGGGCGGGGCGGGGCGGAGCUACGUGGGGACCCGGGACCUUGCGACUGACUCAAGGGCGCCAGGACUUAGGAGCCGGGCCCCGGGGCUGGAGGACGUGCGGACCCGGGGAGGGGCAGCGGGGGGUGGGGGGCCGGCCCUGCCGCCGUCACCGUCCCCUCGCCGACCCUCGCGCCGCCCCGGGCCCACCCCCCCCGGCCCGCCCCCGGGCGACCCCAUUGGCCGGCGCGCCCGUCCGUCCACGAGGCCCCGCCCCCGCGCCGCGAGCCACUGGCCGACGCGCCCGCCCGUCCGCCCAGCCCCGCCCCGCGCCGCGAGCCACCCCCGCGGGGCCCCACUGGCCCGCGCGCCCGUCCGUCCGCGAAGCCCCGCCCACCACGCGCGGCUCCAUUGGCCGACGCGCCCGUCCGUCCGCCCAGCCCCGCCCCCCGCGGCGGCGCCCGAGCCGGGGCCCCGAAAGGACAAUGUGGAGGGUCGGGGAGGGGACCGGCGGGCGGAGGGCGGGAGCGAGGCGGAGCGCCCGCCGGCCGGGCCCCGCAACGCCGCCGCCCGCCCCCCAAGCCGCCACCCCGGCCCUUGUGCGGACUCACGGCGCGCCCGGCCCCGGCCCGCGGCCCCGACACUCGGCCCGGCCCUCAGCCCCGCCGGCGCCCGCCCUCAGCGCGGCGCCCCUCCCGCGGAGCCCCCGGCCCGCCCCGGCCUCCCCCGAGCCCCGCCGUCCCCCGCGAUACCUGCCAGCGAGCGGCGGGCGGCCGGGCGCCCCGCUCCGCUCCGAGGCUCCGCGGGCUGCGAGCGCCGGCGGCCCUGGCCUGCGCCUGACGUAGAGCGGCGGCGGCGGCGGCGGCGCGGGCGCCACUCGCGGAGGGCGGGGGGCGGCCGUUACCCGGCAACCGGCCUCAGCGCCGCGCCGGCCGGCCGCGCUCCAUAUCCUUCCGCCCAGGCGCCGGGAUUACAUCAGCGCCGGCCACGCCCCCCGGGAGGCCACGCCCCCCGACGGCCACGCCCCGUGCGCCGCGCCACGCCCCCUGCGGGUCCUGGCCGCGCGGCCCCCACCCCGCGACCCGCACCCCGGACCCCGCGACCCGCACCCCCGGCCCCGCACCCGCCCUCCCCCGACGUCCCCUCCUCCCCGCGCCCCGGGGUGGCUCCAAACCCAGGAGACGAGCUCCAGAGCGGUGACAAGGCGGCUGUGCCGGAGGAGGCGCGGGGCGAACGGGCUUCUGGAGGGUUCUGCGCGCGACCUGUGCCGCAGAGCCGCCCCCCGCCCCGCCCCGUGACUCGGGGUCCCGGAACAGGGGGGUCGCCGCCGCCUGCCUCUGGGGGCCAGCCGGGCCACAGGUGCCGCGGGCCCGGCCACUCCCUGCCCGCCAGGCUCCAAGCUCCGGCUGCUGUUCGCCCCCAGCCGGCCCGGAGAGGGAGGCCCUCGGAGGGAACGGAGCGACAGUCGGACCGAGGAGGGACCGAGGGACAGCGACCAGACCCCACCCACCCGCCGGCGUCCCUGCAGAGUUGGAACCCGCGCCUGGGCCCCCGGUUCCUGGCUGGGACACGCUGCCCUCACCAGGCUCCUGCCCGGAGGCCAGGCCCAGCGGACGGCACCCAGGGGACCCACCGGCGUCCUGAGCUGACAAGGGCGCGCAGGGGGCACGUCACCGGGCGCCCCGCAGACAAGGCCUCCUGCGUCCUCUCAGCAGAGGGCCAGGUGUCUCCUGGCCAGCGGGACGGCCCCGGGGGGCACACCUCACCUCCUUACCCGCAGCUGUGGGGCCAGAAGGCUUCCUGGAAGAAGAGGCCUUUAGGCCGGAGUGACCUGGGCCGCUGGGUUCUGCAGCUCAAGAGCCGCCCAGGCCGCAGCCCUGGGUCCAGGCUUCUUCCGACAAGGAUCUCGCCUUCUGUCAGCCGCUGGCGGGUGGCGAGACCUUUCAGCAGUGCUCUGCUCAGCGGCUGCGGCGCGGCCUUCCAGAUGUGCGGGCUGCCCGCUCACCCCUUCUCGCCGCGGCUUCCAGAUGUGCGGGCUGCCCGCUCACCCCUUCUCGCCGCGGCCUUCCAGAUGUGCGGGCUGCCCGCUCACCCCUUCCCGCCGCUUCACUGUUCUGCCUCCGGCAUCUGCCACAGACGCGGCUCCCCACGUUACCGGCUCCGCACCUGCGGAGAGCAAGGCACCUGCGGACCGGCCUCGGCUCCUGCGCUCGGCCCUGCGGGCACUUCACUGGGCGCACCGCCCACCGCGCGGCAGUUUCUGGACCCAAAGCGCCUUCACCCCUUUAUUUCCCUUCAGCGACAAGCCCGGCAGGGCGGCCCUGGCCUGACCCUCUCCGCCGCAGCUCGGAGGGCGGCAGAAGCCGGCGGCACUCGCGGAAAAGGGCCCCGUCCCGUCCCGUCCCGUCCCGUCCGUCCGUGGGAGGAUGGCGGCUCGUCGCAGCUUGGUGGCUCGCUCUUGGAGAAUAAAGACCCCGGCUCGGGGAAGGCACCGCCAUUCGCAGAGCGGCAGGAAUCUGCAGAAGGGACGGUCCUGCCACCCCGCAGCCCCCGCAGCGUCCCGUCCCGGGGGGAAGUGGGAGACCGCACACGCGGCCCCGCAGGGGAGCCCUGA